UCUACGGGCGGGUACGGACAGAUCGCUAAUUGACAAGUGUAAGCAAAAUGGAGUCUAAGGCUAAUAUUGAAUACAAUGAUGAUGAAUUGGAGCCACCAACGUGGCUAAAUGCGCAAUUAUUUACGGAAGUUCUCUCCAGCUAUGAAAAAGCGCCAGAGCUGAAGGUCAAUGACAUCAAAAUUUCUCCGGCAAGUGCAAAGGGGGAUCAUUAUGCGAGUGUUAUGUUUCGAGGCAUCAUUGAUUACACGACCCAGAAGGGGACGUUCUCCAAAGCAUUGAUAUGCAAAACAAUGCCAGAGCAAGAAGGUCACAAGAAAGAGAUGUUGGGAAAUUCUUAUGUAUUUGAAACUGAGAUUGGUAUGUAUAGUAAAAUUCUGCCCAAAUUCGAGGAGAUACUGCGUAAGGCAGGCGACGAGACUACACUUUGUGUGCCGUGCUUGUACUACAGCCUAGAGCCGCAGAAGCUGCUGAUCUUUGAGGAUUUAGUGCCGCAGGGAUACAGUGUCAUCAGAGAUCGUGAUGUAUCUAUGGAUGAACUCAAAGCGGCAUAUUCGAAGCUUGCUAAAUGGCAUGCAGUUAGUUUAUAUGUGCAACAAGAGCAACCAGAUUCUUUAAAAGAAUUUAAGCAUGGUAUGUUUAGCAUGCCAAAUAUUAUAGAUGAUCCCUUUGUUAAAGAUGGCAUGCGACAAUUUUUAAAAUUUUUGGAAUCAGUGCCUGAGCUAACAAAAUAUAUACCAUACUUUAAAAGCAUUGAAAGCACGUACCUGGAGCAGACAAGGAAAACAUUGGAGGAGUAUAGGGAGAACCGUCAAGCUAAUUGUUAUUAUGUGCUGAGUCAUGGCGACUACCAUGCUCGCAAUAUGCUUUUUAAGCACCGCAAUGGUAACCUGGAAGAUUGCAUGCUGGUGGACUUUCAAAUAAGCAACAUGUGUCCUAUAACCAUGGACUUGAUCUACUCCAUUUAUAUGUUAAUGGGUCCGAACGACCGUCAUAAUAAUUACAAGGAAUUGAUUAAUUUUUACUUCAGCGUAUUUGUCAAAACUCUUCAAAAAAUUGACUACAAGGGUGAGCUUCCAAAAUUGGACGAGCUUUGGGCACAAAUGGGACGACAUAAAGAAUAUGAUUUAUUUUUAUUUUCAACAUUUUUCCCCUUAAUUUGCGCCAUGAGAACAAAUGCAUCAGCGUUAACGGCUGCCAUUACGAAUGAGGAAGUGCGCCAAAAGUUGUACUUUUCAAAAGACUUUAUAGAAGAAGCAAAGAUUAUAUUGCCACGAUUUGAAAAAUUAGGUUACUUGAAAUAAGUUUAUAAAAUUCAAUUUAGAUAAAAACAUGAAACCAU